AUGGUUCUCCGAAAGCGCAAAGCUUGUGAGCAAGCUGUUCAGUCACAUCCAGUCCUUCGUGGAAGAUCGAAGCUCGUUGGUGUUUGUACUUAUUGGUAUGUGAAGGUAUCCAAUUUCCAUUCCACUUUCUCUGUGCGCCGUGAGGUGUUUACUAAAGUGUUGCCUUGGUCAGACGAAGUUGAGAGCCUAGCUGCGGCACGUCAAGCUGCUCUGAAUGGCUCAGAUCCCUCGGAUGCUAUAAGGGUCGUGAAUGCAUUGUUGACUCAGCUUGAUAAACUGAAGCAGCAUCCUAACGUCAUGGUUCUGACGACAUCGAAUUUGACACAUGCCAUUGAUCUGGCGUUCAUUGACCGAGCUGACAUUAAGGCAUUUAUUGGACCACCGUCACUGCAAGGACGUUAUAAUAUGCUGCAUUCGAGCUUCUGCGAGCUCCAACGAGUUGGGAUUGUUGAAGAGGUGGAGGGCAACACUGACUAUCCGUCCACUUACAACGAACUGAUGCUGAGCGAUUGUGAUAGUGAGGACAUGGGGAGUAGUAAGGGUGUCCAAUUAGGGAAGAAGCUUCUCGAGGUCGCCAAGGCGUGUGAGGGGCUUAGCGGGCGAAUUCUAAGGAAACUUCCUUUUCUGGCCCAUGCUACAAGCAACAUACCUGGUGCUUGCUCAGCUGACAGCUUCAUUGACAAGCUGCAGUCAGCGGUGCAGAAGGAGCUGGAAGACAGGAACAACAUGGCCACGAGUCUCUUUUCAUUAUCCCAUCCCGCUAUCUCUGCUGCUCAUCUUAUCCCAUCAUAUCUGCUCCUCAUCCCAUCCCACCAUCUCUGUUCCUCAUCCCAUCACACCAUCCCUUCUCAUCCCAUAUGCACCAUCUUUUCUCCUCAUCGCAUCCCACUAUUUCGCCUCCUCAUCCCAUCCCACCAUCUCUGCCCCUCAUCCCAUCACACCAUCUCUUCACAUCCCAUUUUCACCAUCUUUUCUCCUCAUCCCAUCCCACCAUCUGUGCCCCUCAUCCCAUCACACCAUCUCUUCUCACCAGUUUCACCAUCUUUUCUCCUCAUCCCAUCUCACUAUUCCGCCUCCUCAUCCCAUCCCACCAUCUCUGCCCCUCAUCCCAUCACACCAUCUCUCUAA